UCACGUUAAUGAUGAAGGCCAUGACAAGGCAGCUUUCAUUCGACUCUCCUUCUUAUCUCAUGCGUAUAAAUCUCACUGAUUUCUCGCAGCUAACGCAGUAACGCAAGGACAGUCAGAGAGUUCAAGUGCAAUUUCUUCAGACGGAGUUUCAGAGAGGAAAGUUUCGACAGAGAAGCAACGUAUUUCUACAAUGGAGCGUUGGUCAGGUCGUGUUGCCGUGGUAACGGGAGCCAGUGCUGGGAUAGGAGAGGCCAUCACCCAGGAACUCGUCAAGAAAGGGCUCAAAGUGGUCGGACUGGCGCGCAGAGUGGACAGAGUCGAAGCUUUGAAAAAUUCCCUCAAAUCGGCAACAGGGAAAUUAUACCCAUUAAAGUGUGACGUCAGCAAAGAGUCAGAGGUCAGGGAAGCCUUCAAGUGGAUCAAGACCAACGUCGGGGGAGUGGAUAUCCUCGUCAACAACGCGGGAGUAGCAUCCUUCAGUAACCUCAUAGAUGGACCAACGGAGUUGUGGAGAAAAAUCUUUGAUCUCAACGUCCUGGGUCUCAGUGUGUGCACCAAAGAAGCGCUCCAGUCCAUGAAGGAGAGUGGAGUGGACGACGGACACAUCAUCCACAUCAACAGCGUUGUUGGUCACAAACCACCCUCAAACGUAGGAAUAGCAAUGUAUUCUGCAUCCAAACACGCUGUUACAGCGCUGACUGAGGGGCUUCGUCGAGAACUGGUGAAGCAGAAUUCCAAGAUCCGGGUCUCUAGCGUGAGUCCUGGAGCUGUACGUACAGAAAUAGCAGAGGCAUCGGCCUUCCCGAAAGAAGCAUUUGAAUCUUUAGGAAACAUGCCAUACCUGAACUCGAAAGACAUCGCAGAUGCCGUGAUAUACGUUCUGGGAACCCCUCCACAUGUACAGAUCCACGAACUGACUAUAAAGCCAAUUGGAGAGAUGUUCUAAAAAAAGAAGGGUUUUGGCUAAACAAUGACGCAAACCAAUCCACAGUUUCUAUACUCUGUUGAAUCAACCCUUCAAGAAUCAUUAAAUGUUUUCAAUGUAUCAUUGCAGCAAGAAAAUAAAUAGUAUUUAAACAUUU